GAGACAAUUUGAAGAGAGGAAAUGCGUUCUUCUUGGAGCCUCAUCUUAUACGCACUACUUAUUUUAUUGGAAAUGGGAAAGACAACAAUGAAGACUUGAUUGAUUUGUAUCAAGGCAAUGAGCAUGAUCAUGAUCAUUCAUCAUCAUCAUCAUCCCACAUGCAUCACAUGGACCUUGCACUAAAUGUUUUCUUCACCCCAAAAGAUCUGAAGCUAGGGAAAACCAUGCCCAUAUACUUUUCCAAAAAUGACCCUUCUACAUCUCCUAGAAUAUUGCCUAGAGAUAGAGAAGAAGCUGCUUCCAUUCCUUUCUCAAUCUCAAAACUCACCUACCUUCUUGAAUUUUUCUCCUUCACCCAAGAGUCUCCCCAAGCCAAGGCCAGUGAAUACACAUUGACCCAAUGUGAGCUUGAACCCAUCAGAGGAGAGGCCAAGUUUUGUGCUGCCUCCAUAGAAUCCAUGCUUGAUCUUGUAGGUGCCCUCUUUGGAUCAAGCACCAAGUUCAAGGUCUUAACCACAACCCAACUAAAAAAAUCAACUACCCUUUUGCAAAACUACACCGUUUUGGAAGCUCCCAAGGAGAUCUUGGCUCCUAAAAUGAUUGGAUGCCACACCAUGCCUUACCCUUAUGCAGUUUUCUAUUGCCAUAGCCAAGAAAGUGAGAACAGGCUGUAUCAAGUUUUGCUUGGUGGUGAGAAUGGAGAGAGAGUUGAAGCUGCUGCUGUUUGCCACUUUGAUACUUCUCAGUGGGACCCUAGCCAUGUGGCAUUCAGUGUGCUUGGUGUUCAACCUGGGAGCUGCCCUGUCUGCCAUUUCUUUCCUGCUGAUAAUCUUGUUUGGAUGCCAUUGCCAGCUUAAUAGUAGCACUGUCGUUUUCAAUUUGUAAAUGCAUGCAUGCAUGUACUAAACAAUCUUUUCAAUAUAGCAUAUG